UAGAACUAGGCUGACGUUACUUUUCACUUGGCCACAGCCCGACAGAGACUUUUAGUCAUUUGGAUCCACGCUGGGGGAAAACAUCACCUCGGAAUCUGAUUCUAGCUGGAAAUCUAUAGCUCUGGGCAUGUUGGCUGCAGCAUCCUCCAAUGGUCUUUUCUGAAGUGGCCUGUGACUCAGCUCUUCAGAAGAACUUAAUGAAGUAGAUGACUUGACUACAAUGUGGAAAAAUCAUGACAGAAAGUGUGGUUUGUACCGGGGCUGUCACUGCUGUAAAGGAAGUCUGGGAAGAAAGAAUAAAGAAACACCAUGAAGAUGUGAAGCGAGAGAAGGAAUUUCAGCAGAAGCUAGUGCGGCUCUGGGAAGACCGAGUAAGUUUAACUAAGCUGAAAGAGAAGGUGACCAGGGAAGAUGGAAGAGUCAUUUUAAGGAUAGAGAAAGAAGAAUGGAAGACUCUCCCUUCUUCUUUACUGAAACUGAAUCAGCUACAGGAAUGGCAACUUCAUAGGACUGGAUUGUUGAAAAUUCCUGAAUUCAUUGGAAGAUUCCAGAAUCUCAUUGUCCUAGACUUAUCUCGGAACACAAUUUCAGAGAUCCCCCGAGGAAUUGGACUGCUCACUAGACUUCAGGAACUGAUUCUUAGCUACAACAAAAUCAAGACUGUCCCCCGAGAACUGAGCAACUGUGGCAGCUUGGAGAAGCUAGAACUGGCUGUGAACAGAGAUAUAAGCGACCUCCCAACAGAGCUCAGCAAACUGUUAAAACUCACUCACCUUGACCUGAGCAUGAACCAGUUCACUACAAUCCCUCUUGCUGUGUUGGACAUGCCUGCCCUUGAGUGGCUAGAUAUGGGAAGCAACAGCCUGAAACAGCUCCCUGACACACUAGACAGAAUGCAAAGUUUACACACACUGUGGCUGCAGAGGAAUGAGAUAACAUGCCUGCCAGAGACAAUCAGAAAUAUGAAAAACCUGGGGACUCUUGUUCUCAGCAACAACAAACUACAAGACAUCCCAGGCUGCAUGGAAGAAAUGACGAAUCUGAGGUUUGUCAACUUCCGAGACAACCCCCUAAGACUGGAAGUGACACUUCCCCCCAGUGACAACACAGAUGGAGAGGAAGAACAGGAGCUAUUUGGGCUACAGUUUAUGCACGCAUACAUAAAAGAGUCACGGAAAACAGAAGACCAAGUCGACUGUCUGACUCAUAUGCCAAGCUCCAUACAGCCUGAGGGAUAACGUAAUUUAAAGAGCCCUGCUGAAAAGGAAACUUUGACAACUUGGUGGAUAUUUUUGUGAAUAUCAAAAUAUAAUUUAAAAAUAAUUUAAAUUCUUUUGUUUGUGGAGGAUAAACAUCAUGUUCGUGUUCCUUUCAUUGAUGAUUUUUUUCCUGCGAUGACAGAUGAGCUGGUACAGCAGUUAAUAACACGUUUUCCAGAGACACCAGUGGGUCCGUAUAGUACUGUAAGGCAGGACUGAAGCCUUUCUGCUGUAAAUACUGGAGUCGGCCCUGGUCAAUCAGCAGUUUGCAAAGAUGUCCUAUUUUUUUCUUUUCUUCAGCAGUAAGAAUCCUACAUUGAAUAAACACACAAAAAAUUAAAAGUUUGUAAAAGUUCAUAAAAAGUUUGUAGUACACAGCUGCUAACUAGCCAACAGUACACUAGGUGCUAUGUCUGAUGUUUCCGAGACUUUUCUUUAUGAUCACAAUUAAGAUAUGUCUUAGUUUAUCCUAAAAUUAGAAUGUAAGCUAUAUUUUUCUAAAUUUUUGAUAACAGUUGUCUAAGAAAAAGGGACUCCUUCUCCUUCUUCAGUUUCACUUUUUACACCUGAUCUCAGCCCAAUGACUAAGAAGCAACUAUUUGAUUUCAUUUCUCCAGUUUCUCUUGUCCAAGGUCAAUCAGCCUGAAAAUAUUAAAUGACACAUUCUGAAAAUGAAUCAUUGGUAAUGUCAUUCUGGGUAGCACAGUGAACCACGGGCCACCCGACUCCUCCCUGUCUGGGGAUGGACCUGUGCCUCGAUCAUGGGCAUCCCCAGCACAUCCACACUGUAUGUUACUCUCUAGACACUGUGCUGCUAUCUUGGUUACCAGAUUGACAGAGUAGGUAACUGCACUGCUAGCCUCUGUUUUAUUUAAGGUUCUCAGCGUCUGUGGGAGGUCCUGCAGUACCACCCACGGGAGGACUAGUUUACAGUGAUAAAGUAUCUCUCCUGCAGCGAGGUGUUUACAGACAUCAUCACUUACCCAGGCAAACUGUCAGUGCUGCCAUCUGUGAGUCUGUCUCCGCCAUCAUCAUGCUCUUCAUUCUCACCCCUCUGAGCAAUUUUUUUCUCUGGAGUAACAUCCGAGGCUUCCAAAGAUGUCCUCAUCCCACACGUUGCCCAACUACUCAUCCUCUGGAAAUAGUAGAACUCCACCGCCCCAAGUCCAAGAGCCUUGAAAUACUCUUUGCCCACAUAAUGUCUCCACUCACACCUGUGGUGACAACAGAGUGCAAUCACGAUGCCAGCCACAGGGGUCCAUGUCUCUGGGACAGCCUUUUCAUUUCCUUCCUUGGCCAAAGUGUUACUUUCUUUUUCUGUCUUAUCAUUCUUUACGCGCUUGGCUAAAGGUUCUUCAUCCUUUUCUUUAAAACUGGCAGCGUAGGUUUCAACCAAACAUCGUAAUGCAAGAUCUGCAAACACAAUCAUGUGCCCCACACCAAAACACAUCAUCUUUAAAGGCAUUUUUCAGAUUUCUUAAGCAGCAUGACUAAUACAAAACACAACAACAACACAAACCAGCAAAAAUCUACUUAGCCAUACAUUGUAACAAUUCUAUCAGAUAUUAUAAUUUUUUCUCAAAUUUUCCAUCUUAAUUUUUCUAGUGAUUUAUUUGCCCAGUAUAAUUGUUUUAAAU